CUGUUUCUACAGAUUGGCAAGCACCGAAAGCCGCGCUGGACUACUUGCAUCGAGAUCCUAGAUGAUGAGCAUUUUCUUGCCUCUGAGACUGAUUGCAACAUCUUUGUGGUCUCUUGUGAUGCCGCUGCUUCCACUACCGCUAGCCGAGUACCCAUGCUUCGCGCCCUUCUUGUUUCAGAGUCUCCGGCUACUGCGGUUGUUGCGCCAUCGACCUCUGUCUACUUAGCUGCCUCCACAGGAGCCCCUACUAGUGGAAUCUGCGCUGGCCUUCCUAAUGCCGGUGUGAGUGCUCCAACGGAAAACUUAGUACAUUCGGCUCCAAGUACUUGGGCCAUGGAUAUUCAAUCUCCAUUAACGGGUAGGUCAAAUUCCGCUUCUGGGGACAAUAGCAUACCUCUCCCUACUUCCGGAACUUCGUCUGGGUUGACUUUCGCUGGCGAUGGUUCGACGCGGUCUCGACCUCCUCUCUCCGCCUCUCACACUGCUGCAAGUAGCAGUAGUUCUGAUGCGGCAGCCGCUCGACCCACCGGGAAGCCAAGUCUCUCAGCCACCUCAGUCAACGAGACGCGUCGCCUUCAAGAUUAUAUUGUGGUGUGUUCCUUUGAGCGACAUCACACUUUCACUCUCAUUCUCACCCCCCCAUCCUUUCUUAUCUCAGUCUCCCUCUUGUUCCGUGAAAUCCGUCUGCCCUACCCCUUGUUCACCUAUUUCACUCGAAUCCUGCCAAAACACCUGUCCUACUCGAGGCGUUAUUCGCCCUCACCUGCGCCUGGGUGA